CCGUUUUUUGUACCUUUUACCAUUUUCUGGAUGAAUUGAUUUAAAGCUUGCCAAAAUUAGGAUCACCCAUACGCAUAGUACAUGAAAAUGUAGUCCUCCUGACUGCCUCCUCCUUCAGUUCCAGUGACCAUUCCUGAAGUAUAAUAACACUAGAAUUAAAAAAUAUAAAAAAAAAGAUAUAGAACAACCAUAUGACACUAUGGCCUCUGCUACUAUAUGUCGUUUGUGUUUAAACAUGUGCAAUGAUAUUCAACGAAAAUUGUAUGAAAGUGGUGAAAGAACUGAGAUAUAUUUUAUGACGGCAAAAUAUUUCGAAGCAGAGCUUUUGAAAACUGAGAAUAAGGAUAUUAAUGGCUGCAAUAUAGUAUGCGAUGAAUGCUGGUAUCAUAUAUCCGAAUUUCAUACUUUUCAAGAGUCUAUUGUAGAAAAACAGAAACAAGUCUCCAGUACUCGAAUAAGUGAUGGAACUUUUGUCACAUCUGAAGCAUUGGAGAUUAGUGAAGAGUUUAUUAAGUGUAAAUCGCCAACCAAUGAAGUUAUUAGGCCAUUAGAAAAGCCUAGGAUGAAUUUGAAUUUGCGAAACCCUCCAAUUUUGUUUCAAACCCAAAAUGAGACAUACAUAGCUGCACCAUACCAGCAGGUGGAGGAUAAUGAUGUCUGCAACUUGAACAACACCACCACCUAUUCACAACCACAAUUUUCAAUGGCUGUGAAAUCGGAGAAAGAAGAAAGCUCUCAUUUUAUGGCAACAGAACUUGGUGCUAGUGAUAUUGGAGAAGAUUUAAGAUUUGAUCUAAAUACGCCAAAGGCAAUAGAGAAAUGUGAACCUUCUAUGAAUGAAUAUCUUGCUAUUAAUGCAGCCUUAGAAUCUGAGUCUAAAAUGUCUAUAGUAGAAGCCGGCCAACCAGAUGUAUACAAUGCUGCUAUGCAAAAUGAUUCUAGGGAUUCUUUUACAGAUUCGGAAUACGAUAAACCCUUUGGUCUAUUGGAACCCGGCGAAUUUGGUGCAACUGCCUCAAAUUACUCUUCCAAAGAUGAGUUUCCUUUGACAGAAUAUACACAGAGGCUUAAAGAAGAGGAUAAUGGUAAAAAAAUUAAGCAUGAUAAUGAGCAAACAUACACAACAACAAAGACAGCCAUGGACUAUGAUACAUCAAGUACAGAUUCCGAAUCCAAUAGGCCCCAGGUGCCCGAGGAAGCAGAAGAAGAAUCGGAAGCGGAACCCGAUUAUAAGGCCAGGAGAAAAUACAAACGCAAAAAGAAUUAUUCCUAUAAAACAAAUUUAAAACUACUACAAACAGCUGAAGAAUAUGAUGCAUAUAUUGCCAAAUGGCGGCCAGUAUUAACCUGUGAAAUCUGUCCUGAGGAAUGCUCAACAUUUUCCUUGUUGCUGCAACACUUCCAGCAGCAACAUCCCAAUGAAAAAUGUCACAUUACAUGUUGCCAGCUCAAAUUAUACUAUCGUUAUGAAAUAGAGAAACAUAUUCUUUAUCACACUGCACCAGGAGCGUUUAAAUGUGAGGUGUGCUUUAACGUUUUCACAACGAGGUAUUCCUUAAUGGUUCACAUACAGGCAAAUCAUGCUGGUCAUCGUUUCAAAUGCCCAAAUUGUCCCAAAUCUUUUGCAUACUUUGAAUCACUGGCAUACCACAAGCAGAAGCAGAAUUGCAAAACUGCAAAAACUACGACUCCCGAGAAUAAGCCGCAUGUUUGCAACAUUUGCGGUAGAUCUUAUAAAAGCAAAACUAAUUUGAAUGCUCAUAUUAGGUCAACUCAUUCGACUAAUCGAAAAACUUUUAACUGUAAUGUAUGUGAUAAGAUUUUUUACACGACCUAUGCGUUCAAAGGACACAUGAGUAAACACAGUGGAGAACGUAGUUUUGCAUGUGAAUAUUGUCCAAAAAAUUAUUUCGCCAAUAACUAUCUAUCUGCCCACAUUAAGAAAUACCAUCCAGAAAUUUGGGAGCAGCGCCAAAAAGGUCGAGUUGAGAAAAUGUCGGGAGAAAAACACCACAAAUGUCCCUCUUGUGCAAAAGUUUUUCAAUCUUAUUGGUUCUAUAAAGAUCACCUGCGAGCUAUGCACUCUGAUCAGCCGUACGUCAAGUGUACGCUUUGUUCCAAAGAAUACCGAUAUAGCGGCAAUCUGGCAGUACAUUUUAAAAGUGCACAUUACGAGGAAUGGAAGAAGAAAAACAAAGUGACAACAUAAAAAGUGGUCAUUUCGUAAAUGAAUUUUCGCCAUAACUUCUACAUGUAUAUAUGAAUACUACUAUAUGUAUUUAUCGAUGUAGCUCAUGCCCGAUGAGACGCUAUCCACAGCGAAUAAU